AUGCCAACCCGCAUCGAACUUCCCGCUCGGCCUCUGCCAGAUAAAGGUUUACAGGCGUGGCUACAGCACGAGUCGCACUACGGCCGGACCAUUGACGGAACUGGUCAAAUCCAAGACAAUGGGCGGAGCUUCAGCUGCCAAGACUCCGAUUCCGACCUCAAUUGGGAGAACACUUUUGGUUUGACCGCGCGACGACUCAAUAUUUCCCACAUGAUAGCGGGGGCAAGAUCACGAACAAAAUUCGUUGACUCGUUGACGAUCCGGGUCAACUGUAACUGGACAGACUACCCAGGCUUUUAUGGUUCGACCACAAUGCCGAAGUCUCCCACAGGCGCGGUACAUUUAAGACGAUGUAACGGAGGCAGCACCCGCGCCUGCAGCGAUGGUGCGAUUCACUUCAAACGCGAAGAAACUCCAAAGGAAUCCUGUCACGACACUGCGACGAAACAUUCCAAUUCACCAAGCUUAAUCCUCUCUUCAGCCUUCCUAGCUAGUUCUCAGACAACGGGAUGUCGAUAUUCAAUAGCCUUGUUCAUCAGGUAUGCUCUCCUCGCGCGUGUCGCAGCUUGUGACCAAUUACCGAUAGCGGCUUGGCAAGAAGUUAUUGCCGGACCGACCACUCAGGACCAGGUCAAGGAAACAGCUUCUGGAAAACAUGAUGAUGGCCGGCUCUCCAUGGACGACCUGGAUACUAAUUCUACACAUAUAAAUUUCCGUUCCCUCUCUCCUUCUGGCCAACAAGCAGCCUGUCAGCAAAUCAACGCACAACUCGGGUACUACAACAUAUCAUUGCGGCUCUUUUUCGAAUUCAAUAUGAACUUCAAUAUCCUGUUCUGGUUCUUCCUUUUGGGUGCUACCAGCGUUUACGCAAGCACCUGUACUGUGGAACCACGGUCCAACUUUGACAGUCGUUUCGAUUCAAGCUUCGCAAAGCAAGCAAAGCAGCAGUGCCGCAGCGCCGGCGGGAACUCCAAGGGAGGCAACUCAGUGCGGCAAGUCUGCGAUUUCCGUGGCGAUCCGCCCAGAUCUCUUCAGCGGACGUCUCGUAUUCAAGUGUCCUCGAACGGCCGUAGCACCAAUGUGAAUCGUCUCGAAAGGACGAGAGGGCUGAUGGUCAUCUUCUUCAUUAUUAGCAGUGCGUACCGAUGUUUCGUCCUUAUCGUCUCUGAUCUAGGUGUUACCAAAUACACAACAUUGCAAAUACAGUACGCCGACACGUGA